CGCAAUAUUGAGAAUGGAUGUGGAAACCCGACCAUUUGCGUUUGACAGCAAGACACGGACACCGUGGUCUGUAAAUGAAUCGUGGUUUGACGACAAUAUUAGCUGUGAUGGACUUGAUGAUCUAUCAAAUGCUCAAAAUUGGAAGCUGGGCAAAAAUGAGCCAUUUUCAUUUCAUGGUAGGAUACAUGCAUUGGAGUCGGGAAGUGAGUCGUCCUUCGGCGAUGUCGUCGAUUUUGAUGGGCUAGAUGAUCCAGCAAAAGCUCAAAAUUGGAGGCCAGGGAAGAAAUGGACCAUGAUAACAGUACUUGCUCUUAUGACUUUCAUAUCAACCUUAGCCUCUACCAUGUUCGCUCCUAGUGUUCCAUCAGUCAUGAUGGAAUUUCGAUCAACGAGUACGACUCUUUCCACCUUCGUGGUAUCGGUAUACGUGCUAGGAAAUGCAACAGGACCUCUCAUACUUGCCCCGCUUUCAGAGCUAUUUGGACGGGCGCCUGUAUACCAUGCCACAAAUGCCCUUUAUGUAAUUUGCACGGCGGCAUGUGCCCUCAGUGCGAAUCUAAGCAUGCUGAUUGUAUUUCGAUUUUUCGCAGGUGCGAUGGGAGCCGCGGUUUUGUCUCUAGGCGGAGGUACAAUCACAGACCUCUUCAUUCCCGAGCAGCGGGGAACGGCUAUGGCCGUGUGGUCUUUGGGUCCUUUGCUAGGUCCAGUUGUAGGACCCGUUGCAGGGGGCUUUAUAUCUAGCGCGUUGGGUUGGCGAUGGAUUUUUUGGAUUCUCACCAUUGCAUCCGGUGUAGUGACGAUAGCUUACUACUUCUUUGUACCUGAAAGCUACUCCCCUGCUUUGCUGGAGAAGAAGGCCUCGCUUUUGCGCGAGAGAGGAAAUCCAUAUCUUCGUUCCAAACUCGCAUCUCCCCUCUCGCGAAGUGCUACACUCUACAGAGCUAUUGUCCGGCCAACCCAGAUGUUGCUCUUCUGCCCCGUCGUUACCCUGCUCUCAAUUUUCAUCGCUGUUGUUUAUGGGCAGCUUUACCUCCUCUACACGACGAUCACCUUCGUCUUCGAGGAACAAUACCACUUUGCAUAUCGUACCUCAGGACUCGCAUUUCUCGGUCUAGGGGUUGGUAUGCUCCUGGGUGCUGGGAUAUUUGGCGCUGUGUCAGAUCGCACGCUGAAGGCCAAGGAGAAAGAGAAUGGAUUGAAGCCUGAAUACCGUCUCCCUGUUAUGAUGUAUGGUAUUGUUAUCAUCCCAAUUGGUCUUGUUAUCUAUGGCUGGACAGCCGAGAAACACGUCAUGUGGAUCGCACCAAUUAUUGGUACGGCUUUUGUGGGUGCGGGUAUGAUGGCUACUUUUGCGUAUCUUGUGGAUGCCUUUCCGCUGUACUCGGCUUCUGCCGUGGCUGCAAAUACUGUUCUUCGUUCCAUUGCCGGUGCGUUCUUGCCACUCGCAGGUCCAAGAAUGUAUUCUUCUCUGGGGCUCGGCUGGGGUAAUAGUCUACUAGCGCUCAUUGCGGUCAUGUUGAUACCAUUCCCUGCUCUUCUGAUCAUAUAUGGUGAACGACUGAGGAAAUUGUCUCGCUUUGAGUUUGUGUUAUCAAGUGUAAAGUAG